CAACCCUCUUCAAAUUAUUCAAUCCUCUUGGUCCUGAAAUCUUACAAAUCUUCGUCGUGUCUUUCAUCCGCUCUCGGGUCUGACACAGGUGGAAUUUGAUUGAGAAGAAAUCUCGUGAUGGCGAAUAAUGGAGCAUCAUGUGCUGAGAGGGCUACGAAUGAUAUGCUGAUCGGUCCUGAUUGGGCUAUCAACAUUGAACUCUGCGAUAUCAUCAACAUGGACCCUAGCCAAGCCAAAGAAGCUUUGAAGGUGCUCAAGAAGCGGUUAGGAAGUAAAAACCCUAAAGUUCAGCUUCUAGCUCUUUAUGCAUUGGAAACAGUGAGUAAGAAUUGUGGUGAGAAUGUGUAUCAGCUGAUCAUUGACCGCGAUAUUUUGCACGACAUGGUCAAAAUAGUGAAGAAGAAGCCCGAUCUGAAUGUAAAGGAAAAGAUACUCGGUUUAUUAGAUGCAUGGCAAGAAGCUUUCGGUGGACGUGGGGGAAGAUACCCACAGUACUACAAUGCAUAUAAUGAACUCAGGUCUGCUGGAGUGGAUUUUCCACCGCGAGCGGAGAGCAGCAUACCGUUCUUUACUCCACCUCAGACUCAGCCCAUUGCCUCAGAUGAAGAUGCUGCUAUCCAGGCUUCACUGCAAAGUGACGAUGCUUCCGCUCUGAGCCUGGAAGAGAUUCAAAGUGCUCAGGGAUCCGUUGAUGUCUUGAUGGAAAUGAUCGGGGCCCUUGAUCCUAGGCAUCCUGAGGGUUUGAAGGAAGAAGUUAUUGUUGAACUGGUCGAGCAGUGCCGUAAUUACCAGAAACGCGUUAUGACUCUGGUGAACACCGCUACAGACGAGGAACUUCUGUGUCAGGGAUUGGCCUUGAACGACAAUUUGCAGCGUGUUCUUCAACGCCAUGAUGAUAUCGCGAAGGGGAACCCUGUUUCCGCAACUGGAGCCACCACCACUUCCCCUCACAUUCCGCUUGUCAACAUCAACCAUGACGAUGACGAUGAUGAGUCAGAUGAUGAUUUUGCUCAGCUUUCCCACCGGUCAAAGAGGGAGAAUUCUCAAGGAUUCGGCCCUAUUCUUCCUCCGCCACCCCCUACGAUGAGACCUGUAUAUGCUGAUUCUGGUAACUAUGACUAUCUCAGUGGCGAUGUGUACAAACCGCAGGGGUCACCAGAGAAUGUCAGGCCACCGCCUCCUGUUUUCGAUAAUCCAUUUUCCCAGGGCAAAUCUCCCGAGGUUACUUUCACCAAACAGCGUCCUGUUUACGAUGAACCACCAGUCUUAGCAGCAUCAUCUGGUGAGCAGUUAGCCGCCGGGAAUCUCCCGCCUCCGCCUUCCAGACACAACCAGAGGCAACAGUUCUUCGAGCAGAAUCAUCACUCGAGCAGUGGCUCUGAUUCCUCGUAUGAUGGUCUUGUGGGACAGACUCGGAGCCUCUCUCUGAAUCCUACUGCCUCUUCUGCUACCACUCCUCCGAGGAAGAAAGACGAGAAACCGGAGGAUGCCCUUUUCAAGGACCUGGUUGAAUUUGCCAAAACCAGGACUUCUUCCUCAAACCCUGGCAGUCAGAAUAAGAGAUCGUUCUGAGAGAGUCUUCUGCUGUCACAUGUACUUGUUUUGCACUGUCAUUUUCUUUUGGUUCUCUGUUUUCAGGCAGCUUGAGUGAAUGGAUGAUAUGAUGAUAUAGUGUCUUGUUUCUAUGGAAUAAAAAUUGAAUUUAGACAACA